AUGGAGGACAGGAAUGAAUGGGAGCUCAGCAAAGAAAAUGUCCAGCCGAUCAGACAGGGCCGUCGUUUUGCUGAUUUAAAUGCAGCUUUACAGUCGAAUGUGGAUCAUACCACUUUAAAACGCGAGAAACAGAACUUUGAAGAGGCUUUAAGAAGUUACAGUGGAGAGGACCCUCUAGAAGUUUGGUUUGGCUAUGUUCUUUGGACUGAGCAGGCUUUCCCCAAGGGAGGAAAUGAAAGUCCCCUGUGGCAGUUACUGGAACGCUGUAUCAGAGAAUUUAAUGAAAAAGAUGUUUACAAGAACGACCAGAGAUAUGUAGACAUAUGGAUCCGAUAUGCCAAUCUGUCUUCAGAGUCGGACGAGAUCUUUAAGUUUAUGCAUGACCAGGGUAUUGGGACAGAGUUGAGUUGUUUCUAUGAGAGCUGGGCCAAUGUCACAGAGUUGGGUGGAAAUCCUAAGAAAGCAGACAGUAUUUACCAGUUAGGGAUCCGACGGGGUGCCAAACCUCUCAUACAGUUACAGAAAAAACAUGAACGUUUUCAGUUCCGAGUUGCCCAGGGAUUGGUGGGACAUGUUGAGGAGGAGGUGGAAACUCCGCCCCCUGAAAUGAGGACUGCCCUCGGAAAACUCAAAACUGUUGGCAAAAAAGGACAAGCCCCUGUCUCCAGAAGUGGAAAUUUUCUACAAGGUUCUGGUGGUGGAAUACCACUGAAAUCUCGACCAACCAGUCAGAAACAAGGGCUGGGGUUCCAUGUAUAUACUGAUGAAAACACUUCACCGUCUUAUAUUCCGGAAACCACAGGGGAGUGGAAGGAGAUACCCAAACCGUCCGCCAUAAACAAGGAGAACCGCCAGAAACCAGGGGUGUGGACAUCAACUAAGGUUCCUCAGAGGGGAGCAGUUGGACUUCCACCAGUUGUUGGAAAACCUUCCUUUAGUAUACAUGUGGAAGAAAACUCGGACCAGCCAAUGAUGACACCAAGGAAAUCGACUGGAAUGGAAAAUCAAGUUCUGAGUGCUAGGAAAGCACCCAAACACACAGAUCCACUCCAUGAUUUACGACAUGCAACAGAAACAGAAGCGGGUGUCUUUGUUCCAAUGUACUGUAAGGAUAAAGUUUAUUGUGGAAUUGAGGAAUUUUCAUUUGAAGAAAUUCGGGCUUUGAGAUGGAAAGCCAAAAAACGGGCACUGGAAGACAGGAAACGUAGAGAAAAGGAAAAAGAGAUAGCAGCCCAGCAGGAGGAGUUGUUGAGGAAACAGGAAAUGAUUCGUCGCCAGAUGGAGGAGUUCCAGCUUCAGAGGGAACAGUUUGAGAGAGAACAGAUGUCCAUGUUUGCAAGACUCCAAGAAAAAAUGCAGGAGCGAGAGCAGCAGCUGGAAACAGCCAGCCAGCAACAUGUACAAACACAGAGAGAUCAGCUAGAGAGAGAUAUUGAGCGUAGAAUGCAACAACAGGAAACGGCCCGAUCCUCUCGACAGUCUCUGUCACUUAAUGAUGUACAGAUGGUUCAACAGACAUCUGAUGUGGCUCCAGCUGUGGGGAGACAAUCAUCCCCACAUGUACACGAAGACAUGGAGACCCAAUCCCAGUCUCAAAACCCUCUCCAGACUUCCACAUCAACACCAAGUAACAGGUCCUUGCUCAAUUCUACUGGAUCAUCUGGACGUCGAACUGGACCAACACCAGAUAGAAGCAAAAGGUCAUUCGCAGCUCCCUCACCCACAGUUAAUACGAAGGAAGCGAUAAACAUUGUGAUGGGGAUGUUCAAUACUUCACUGGACUUUGGCUGGGAUGAUGGAGGACAAGAGACUGUGUCACUGCCUCUCCAAAAUGAAGUUCCUGUGGCAACUAGUCAACCAUUCGCUAUUUUUGAUGAAAACGCCCAGGCAGAAAAAUUAGGGAAGAAAAGAUUUUUAGUUCAUGAAGACCAGACAGACAAAGAAAAUCAGGCAUUGAACACAAAUCAGACCAGAUUUGGCAAACAGGGGAGCAGUAUUCCUGUCCAGUCUUUGGGACAGAGAACUAAGAAGAAGGAGAGUUCUGUUGGUGCCAGACAAAGUGAUACAUUUGAUUUGGAAAAUAAAAUGGAGGGAAUUGAAUCACAGGGCGGAUACUAUGAGGAUUUCACUAUCGCACCAGUAGGCUCCCACCAAAGUUUUGCUGCCAUGGCCAGAUGUGCCUCCACACCCUUUAAUGAAAAUCACGAGGCUCCUCCCCCAAUACCAAACCUUUCUAACAUACAGGCAGAUAAAACAGCCAACAACACCCCCUCCCUGCCUCUCCUCUCGCACACAGUGGACAGCCAGGCAGCCAAUAGCUUCUUUCCUGAUCAACAAAAUCUAAGCCCUAUAAUGGAGGGAAGUAAUGAGGAAUCGGACCCCAGCAGUCAGUCUCACCAUCAGACUCGACAGAGUGCUACCCACCCCCAGGAGGAGAAUGCUGACCCCUCUGGACAAGCUCCUCCCUUUCAUCACCUGACUGUGGAGUCGGCAGUUGGACCUGACAACCUGAAUCAUUCCAGCCAUGUUAUAGACGUGUCCACGUAUCACCCUCCCGAGGAGGGACUGGACAUUGCUGACCAGUCAGUGUACAUCGACACCCACGAUCCAUUUGAUGCAGAGACAGUUAAGGAAAUACUGGAACAACUUCCCACUUCCAUCAAACUUCAUCCAGGCUACCACGAGGUCCCUAGACAAAUUCAGAGUAUCAUUUGUGGCCUCAAUAUCACACUAGGAUCAGACAUGUACGAGAUCAGGGAAAAGAUUGGUAAAGGAGCUUUUGCCAAGGUGUAUAGUGCCACCUGUGUUUCCUUCUGUAGCACAGAUUUGUUGGACUUUGAUGAACACCUGGAUUUCAAUGAGUCGGAAUCAAAACUGGUAGCAUUAAAGGUCCAGAAGCCAGCUAAUGUGUGGGAGUUUUAUGUCUGUACGGAGAUGCAGAAGAGACUACAAAGGUUACAGAGACCUGUAGAUGUGUGUCCUGCGGUAAUGUUCAUAGAUAAAGGCUACUUUUACACGGACGCCAGCUGCCUGGUCACAGAGUUCUGUAAACAUGGCUCAUUACUGGAUGUUGUGAAUAAGUUUGGAGAGACUAAUAAGUCUCAGGAGUUUCUGACGAUGUACCUCACUAUAGAACUGAUGCACAUGGUUGAACAGCUGCACGCCUGUCAAAUCAUCCAUGGAGAUUUGAAGCCUGACAACCUGCUAGUCAAAGGAUUCUGCCCUCUCCCUGAUAGCAGGGAUCCAGAAGUGGUGUUCCAGGGGAACAAGAGACCCCUCCUUCUGAUUGACUUUGGACAGAGUAUUGAUAUGUCACAAUACCCACCAGGUACCACAUUCAUGGCCAAAGUCAAAACAUCCAGCUUCAUGUGUAUAGAAAUGCAAACCAACAGGCCCUGGACUUAUCAGACUGAUCUGUUUGGCUUGGCUGGGACCAUCCACGUCUUACUGUUUGGUCAGUACAUGAAAGUUUACCAGGAAAAGGAAGAAUGGAAAAUCACACAGUCAGUUAACAGGAAAUUUAACCAACAAUUGUGGAGGAAGAUUUUCUACACUCUGUUGAAUAUUCCCAGCUGUGAGAAAAUCCCUGAUCUUUCUGCAUUGAGGAGAGAAUGCGAGGAAUAUUUUGUCAGUGCACUGUUACCUACUUAUAAUAAACAGAUCAACAAAGUCAUCUGUAAGUUGGACAGUUUGACAAGCAAAUGAAAAAAACCCAGCAUUUAUCAAACAGCCACUGAAGAGGACUGAAAAACCAGCAUUCAUCAAACAGCCACUGAAGGGGCAUAAAGAUUUCUGUUGACUGUGUGUUUAACCUCUUGAUUGCAUGUGAUUAUAAAUAGACAUAUAUUUAAUAUUUGAACAUCUGAUAAGUCCAUUCAUGAUGACAAGAUUUUGGUCCCUGAAAACAAGCUACAAUUCACCCAUAGUUGAGAGGUCAGUUUGAUAAAAAGUAAUGUUAAACAACAAUUUACUUGGAAGUUGAGAAGCAUUGCAAACUGCACAUGUACGUAUGCAGAAGGAUUCUUUUACAAGUUCUUUAGUUUAUUGAACUGUUCAGUGCAUAUUAACUCAGCAGAAAGAGUUUAAUAAAAGCACUAAUCUCUUGUUCAGAACAUAAUCAGACAUUUGUAUUUCUGUGUCUAAUGUGAGAAAUAAGCAUCUACGCUAGCUUCUCUUAUCGUCAAUAACCUACCUGCUAGUGCUUGCGAGCCAGCAGGGAUGUGCCAUGUGCAUUUUUAAGCAGUGAGGCUGUAUUCUCUUUAGCUUUGUAUGAUUUAAUUCCAAUAUAUCUUGUGUUCAGUUCAUUUCUUGUUCUUUGUUGAUUUGCAUGAUGUAAGGGCUAUUCCAAUAAGUCUUAACUGAAAAGGGGAAAGGAGUAUGUUACAAGCAUAUGUAGAAUAAAAUUUAAAAAAAAAUCAACUACUAGUAAUUAAUGUUAAGUCAUCCCACCUAUACAGAAAUAUUAUAUACAUGACAAUGAUGUGGUGUACAUGUAAAUGUAUGUACGAGAACAUUAUUUCAUUCAUUGUUACUUUAUUCUUCAAUGUACGUAUGUAUUCAAUAUAUUUAUACCCAAAUACAGAACAUGUACAUGUAGUUGAUUUUUUUUAAAAUCAUUUUUCAAGUAGAUAAAGAUAUACUGUAGUCUUGAUAUUGUUUUACCUUUCAUUUGCUGCAGUUUGCAAAUGGAAAAGUACCUUUAACAUUUUAGAGUACAAAAUUUGUCAUUGGAAGUAUAAAAAAUAUGUGAUAUCUAUUAUAGUACAAAAUGUAUGUUGAUGUUGUAUUCUUGUGAUGAUAAAUCUUUAAAGAUGUAACUAGUAUCAUA